UGGGGUUGGAGAGCACCUCGUUUUAGCCAUGGCCGCGGCUGGGGACCCAGGAAGGCAGUGGCCGGAGGAGGAGGAGGCGGCGGCGGUGGUGGUGGUGGGCUCCUGCAUGACCGACCUGGUCAGUCUUACUUCUCGUUUGCCAAAAACUGGAGAAACCAUCCACGGACAUAAGUUUUUUAUCGGCUUUGGAGGGAAAGGUGCCAACCAGUGUGUCCAAGCUGCUAGGCUUGGAGCAAAGACGUCCAUGGUGUGCAAGGUUGGCAAAGAUUCUUUUGGCAACGAUUAUAUAGAAAACUUAAAACAGAAUGAUAUUUCUACAGAAUUUACAUAUCAAACUAAAGAUGCUGCAACAGGAGCUGCUUCAAUAAUUGUCGAUAAUGAAGGCCAGAAUAUCAUCGUUAUUGUGGCUGGAGCAAAUUUACUUUUGAAUACUGAAGACCUGAGGGAAGCAGCCAAUGCCAUUAGCAGAGCCAAAGUCAUGAUCUGCCAGCUAGAAGUAACUCCAGCAACUUCUUUGGAAGCCCUGACAAUGGCCCACAGCAAUGGAGUGAAAACAUUGUUCAAUCCAGCACCUGCCAUUGCAGACCUGGACCCCCGGUUCUACACGCUCUCAGAUGUGUUCUGCUGCAAUGAGACUGAGGCUGAGAUUCUAACUGGCCUCACAGUCGGCAGCCCUGCGGAUGCUGGGAAGGCUGCACUGGUGCUUGUGGAAAGGGGCUGCCAGGUCGUAAUCAUCACUUUGGGUGCUGACGGAUGUGUGAUGCUGUCACAGACACAACCUGUCCCAAAGCACAUUCCCACAGAGAAAGUCAAGGCUGUGGAUACCACGGGUGCUGGUGACAGUUUUGUGGGAGCUUUGGCCUUCUACCUGGCUUACUACCCAAAUCUGUCCUUGGAAGAAAUGCUCAAGAGAUCCAAUUUCAUCGCAGCGGUCAGCGUCCAGGCUGCAGGGACACAGUCAUCUUAUCCAUACAAAAAAGACCUGCCACUUCAUCUGUUCUGAUUGCUAUUAACCCUAAAAUAAAUAUACCUGCAAAUAAAAUGUA